ACACUCAAACUUCAUUAUCAUCGGAACAGUCUGCCGAGAGAGACCCAGGGUUGGGGAGAAAGGGGUUAAAGACACAGCCCACUGCUUAGGAAGACACUGUUCGGGUAGACUCUGAACCCCCCCACACUCAGACACUCCACCCCCCCUGAACAAACACAUGAGUGGCCUCUGCUCUCGGACUACACCGUUAGUAACAGAGCUGCUCCACUUUCUGUCAGACACGGACGUUAUGUGAACUACAGCGGACCGGUGAAGUCUGCUCCCCGGCUCCCCUCCCUCUGUCUUCUUCUUCAUCAUCUUCAUCGCUGAGACUUCCACCAAAGACCCUGAGGAUGUACGGGAAGACACGGGUUAGCAAGGGUCAGCGAGCCGGAUCAUCGGUGCUUUCCUCGGUGGUGAAGUAGACACCGAGGCCCGGACUAACCCGGCUCUUUUUUUCGCAUGAGUUCUGGCAGGAAAAGGCUCAGUUCUGAGGCAGACCCAGAGACCCAGGAGGAUGAGGAGCCCCGGAGUCAACCGGAUGGUUUUUGCCUUGUGUCUUGGAUGUUUGAUAAUGGUCCUCCUGUACUUUAACAGCAGCCUGAAGCUAGGUGAGCCCAUCCUUCUCUUUUGGCUUUUAACUAACAAAUACAACAGCCCAGGGUUCUUCAUGAACAGGGCAAAAGGACCGGUCAUUGUUAAAGAUUUUAAAUUGAAUUGAUUAUUACCUCCUUCAACUAAAAAAUCAUGAACAAAAAUGAUAAAAGCAAUAAAGAAAAUUACUGUUGACAGGCAUCGGUUUUUCAGGGCCCAUGCUGAAAAUGAGAGAACAGGUUGGCCUGUAUGUCCAUUUUUUUUUCUUUUCUUUUUUUUCUUACAUUUUUUUAAUACCAACAGAUAAUAGGAUAAUAAGUAAGAUGUUUGACUUUUGUUAAGAGAAGUAUUGCCAUAAAAGGACUUAAUCUCUGUCCAUCCAUCUGAAAUAACUAGAAUAGAAAAGUCACAGAGAAAUAUUGGGAUGAAAACUAAAAGAAGUCAUGUGUAAAUACAUUAUUUCAUGCAAAUAAAAUUCACAUUUCCCUGUUUAUUUUAGACAACAUAGUGUUUCAAAUUGAAAUGUAAUGAAUUUAGGAAACAUAAUGGCAAUGUCAAUCAAUCAAUCAAAUUUGAUUUAUCUAGUGCCAAAUCACAAUAGUCGCUAUCCCAAGAUGCUUUCCAAAAAAAAAAAAAAGAGCAGGUCUAGACUACACUCAUUGUUUGAUGAAUUACAAAGACCCAACCUUAAGAUGGGACAGAUCUGACCCAUCUCAUCUAACAUGAGUGACAGUGGCGAGGAAAAACUUCCUUUUAACAGGCAGAAACCUGAACAAUAUCAGCUUUGUUGAAUUUCCCCUCGGAGAUCAAAAAAAGUUCUUAUUUUUCUUUUUUCUUUUUCUUCUUCUUAUGAGAGGUGAUGCCAAUAUGACCCAGAUUACUAAAGAAUCUCAUGAAUAGGCCAAAUAAACCGUCCAACCAUCUCAUCACUGUGGUUCUACUACAGAUACAAGUUAGUCUAUUUGUUGUGAAGAUAGACCGGUUUAUUGGUUGGCCGAUGAAUGUCAUUUUUAGCUAAUAGGUAUCACAUUAGUAUGCCCUGGCCAGCUCAGUAUUACCAGUUAUCCUUCUAAAUGAAAAAAUGCAUUUGACAGCGUGUCAAAUCUGAAACAGUCUCUUGCUUGUGUUUAAUCAAAUUAUGAUGUGCAGAAUAAUGCAGUUUAGUAAUAAUGUUGUGUUUUUUCUUGCUUACCAAUUUCAGACAGCUGGGCAGAAAUCCAAAAGUCCCCUGUGGCAAUAUUUCACUUAACCACAUACUUUUCCAUCUACACUUACUUAAAAAACAUUCACUGGAGUUCAGCAGUUUGUUUCUCGUAUAUAGACUUACCAGUAGAUAGAGCUGAUAUGUAUUUAUAGUAAAAAUGAAAAUCUUUAUCUUCAUUUUGCUAUAGGUGGCUAAAUGUGUAGUAACAGUAAAAAAGGUGAGUUUUGAAAACUGUGGACUACAAGUGCUCAGAUUUUUCAUUAACAUGAGAGUACAGGAAAGACACACCUGCAUUUUUAACCGCUCAUUUUAUCAAUGGUCAGUAAAAUACAACACCAGCACAGAUAAUUGUCCAAAUGCCAAUAUUGGCCCCCAAUAAUUAGCUGGGCUGAUGAUCGGUCAGCCUAUUCAUAUUUUGCACCACCAGUAUUGUGAUGUAGUUCACUGAAAAUUGGAUGCAAAUAUAAAAAGUGCUUGGUAUGGGAUUUAAGAAGAACUGUAUCCCACACUGAGAGACUAGUGUCUGUGUUUUUAAAUCCUUUUAUCAUGAGUCAUAACAGACCCUCCUCCCUGCUUACCAUCGCGUUGGCCCUUUUUCACUCCCACCCCGUGUUUGGGUUUCCCAGAAAACUGCAGUUCUUGCUCAAGGAACAAUUUCAUUAAAUAAGUUAUUGACGGAGAGUUUCCUCUUCUACGUGGGGGAGGGCAGGGAGAGGUGGCAACUGGCUGGCAGUGGCGCUCGCAAAGAUCUGUUCCCACCUCUCCCAGGUCUCUCCCUGCCUCAUACAAUCGCUUCAUUCAGACAUUCCCAACUAUAUCAUGGGCCAAAAAAGUGUAUAUAGCUCAUACUGUGAGGUGCCUUUGGGUUUUAAGAGAAGUCAGUCAUCUGGGCCCUCUCUGUAACAGGACCCUCCCCGCUCCCGCUCCCAUCCUAUCCUGGGUUGUAACUUAAGUUUUGGAUACUCUACCAGCUGAAUAAAGCAUCUUUCAUUAAGCAGUAGGAUUUCACUCUGCAUUCAUGUCCCCCUGUGGUGGUCCCAUAUCUGGAUUUAGAAAGUCCAAACAGAUGUUAUUUUUUACUGCUCAUAACUAGACUCGAUCACUCAAUGUGGUCAGCACUAGCAGUUACACUGAAAAUACGACUAAUAGGUAGGAUUGCAGAUGAGCAUGUGAAGGUUUACAGAUAGCAUCAGACCUCCUUUACUCCCCUGAGAUUGGAGCACAAUUUAGCUCAUCAGGCACUUUUUUUGGAUACGUAUCUGCUGACCCCUUACCUAACUCUGAUAUGUUUUCACAGUACAGGACACAGUAUGGGACUAUUUGGACAUGGAGGUAUUUGGUAUGUGACAUGUUUGCAGAGCAGCAGCAUGAGCUUCUCCAGUGCUCUGUCUGCGCAGGCUGCAUUCAGGCUCUGCACUGAUUCAAGGUUAUUUGUAUUUUUGGCAGCACUUGGAGCCCAACCCAUGAUCUAUAGUGAGAUGUUCAGGAUAAAAAAGGUGGGAUGUAAAGAUCAUAUGUUAGUGUUGUCUUCUGCCUCACUGCCCUUGUUCCCAAAAUAUAAGAAAAUCAGCUGGUGCUGGUUUAAAGGACAGUAAAUUUAAGAGAAUUGCCUUGUUCAUAGGAAAAGCUAGCUAAAUCCAUAGAGCUACCACAAUCCAUAAUGUCUGCUAAACUGGUAACAUUGUUGGCUGUUCAGAGAUAACUUUGUUGUGUGGUGAGUUUAAAAAAACAGGAGACAGGAUAUCAUUUCCGACCCUGAUUUUCUUUUAUUUUUUUCUGUUUACUGUGCAUGUCAUAAGACAAGAUAAGAUAAGAAAGACUGAAUUUAUCCCCGAAGGGAAAUUCAAAUUAAUUAAUGUCAUGUGGCCUUGUGGGCAAUAAAAAUAUUCUUUUCCUCCUCACGUGAUAAACCAAUCUGAGGUGCUCUUUCCUUUCCACUGUGAUUGAAAACCUUAGGUCUCCAAAUCAGUACGAGAAAUCCCUCUGACAAAGCUUCAGUCGGUUUUCUUCAGAAAAAUGACACUCUAGAAGAAGCGCUGAGAGUCUGUGGAAACACAGAGAGAGGAUGUUUGGAAAAAAGUUGUAGACAAAAAAUUUUAAAAACUGGGCCGAAGGGCUCUAUUUUCAUGCCCGCCAGUGGCGCGGCAUAGGGUCACAAUGGUAUUUUCGACUGGCAGAGCCCAGCGCACAGUCAGUUUGAUAUUUUGGUAGACUGGGGCGCACUGAGGUCUGCUAAACUGGGCGUGGCGGCGUGGUAGGGGGAGGUGUUGACAGAAUUAGCUGGUGCAGUGAAGUUUUCGUGCCCGGCAGCAACGUGGAAAGUGGGAUGAAAGCUCACCUAUUCAGACUUGGUCAGCUUUCAGCACAGGCGGAGCGCAGCUGGUCAAGUGGUAUUUUAGUUGACCAGUGGAGCAAUUUGUGGAAAAGGGUGUUUGUCUUACCAGAGGGUACAACCUUACAGACACCAAAUCCCUCUGUGCUUAUUUAAGAGAGUGUGGAGGAUGCCAUCUCUUGAUCUCUUUGACUACUUCACAAAUAUUGUAAUACGCCUCGACGGUGAGGAGCUGAUGUGAUUGGUGAAAACAGGACUCAGCUGUGUUAAACCCACUCCACGCCAUAUUCCCUCCCUCUUUCCUACUUACACCAAUGGGAGGAGCUGAGUUAGGGAGGGAGGAUACUUACACUGAGUAUCAGUACACUGAGCUGCGCCGCUAACCAAAAUACCAAAGUGUGCUUGGGCAUGCCUCAUGGUCGCAGUGGACCUGACUUGGGCCGCACCUACGCCACGCCGUAGGUGAGGCACAGAAAUAGAGCUCAAUAGCGGUGCUGUUGACUCAAGAGCAUUUUUGAGACAGGAGUCGACGGUUUGGGGUUCACUUUGGGCAUGUUUAUCUCUGAUCAUAAGCCAGUUUGGGAAAUCAAGGGAUUAAAUGUUCCAGUAAACAUGCCAAAGCAGGUGAGAAAAAUGAAACACUAAGAUUAAAAAAUGACACUGCCAUGACUUGUCUGCUUAAAACUUGGAGCUAUGAUUUGGUCAGGUGUGGGCUUACUUUGCUUAUGUGUUGCCUCCAGACUGUGCUUAAUUUUUAUGGCAGAUAUGAGCGUAUUCAUCACAAAUAUACCCAGCAAAAGGUACUCUAGGGAACCCAUGAGGCACAAAGACAGGGUAAAAACAGCAUAUCCAAGCUACACUAAGGUUGUUUCUUUCUUUUUUACCUUUUUUAUUGUGUUGCUUGACCUAAGUGUUGCUGAAUACCAAAUGAAUCUCAUGUUUCAUCACAGCAGCCCGUCAGCUUUUAAUCUAUUUAAAUUAGUUUCAAAUAAUCCGUCCAAUCUGUCCGAUUUGCAUUUAGAGUACCUUUACCUCCUUGCUCAUGCUCUAUCUGGGGUAAAGGUCAUAUUGUUUGUUCAAACACUGUAUAGAGCUGCAGGAGAACAGCCACACAACGAAGGCAUGCACUGCCAAGUCUGAGAUAGUCAGUGUAAAAUUGACUUGUUUGUCUUUUGUGUUCUUGUUCCAGACAGGAUUCACAGAGCAGUGCUAAGUUUAGGAUAAUUAUAGAGAUACACAGUGGCUUUCCUGCUGCACUGUCAUAGACAUACAUAAUAAAGAGAAUAGUUUGGCCAAGUAUGAGAUGCCUUCCACGUUGCAAAAUACUUCCCAAUUUAACUGUGAUGUCUGUUCCCACAGCAUGUGUUCCAUUUUCCUGUAGACAUGCACAAUUCUGACUUGAUUUUACAUGCUGUAACUGUAUACAGCUGUUGGACACAUUAUCCUGUCUAAAGAAAACCUGUCUUCUUUUUAUUGCAGUGAUUUAUAUAGGUCUUGCACACACAUGUCAGGUCUGGCUAUAGAUUGCUUUCACUCUAAUGACAGGACAAGAUAGGCAUUUCUUUAAAUGUCUGGUGUCUUUUUCACGAGGACAUCAGUGGUUUCUUUAUAUAUCUUGUAUGGCCAGAAAAACCGAGUCGAAGGAAUUCUUGACUGGGAUUCAGUAUGUUGUGUUUUAUUGUCCUUUGAGGAAAAUAACAGAUAUGUAAGUCAAAAGUAACAUUAAAAGUACAGAUGUAAGUUGAUGGUAUCUAGUUUUAGCUCUUUAAACACAAGCAGAACCCCUUCCCACCAUAAAACCAGGGGCUACUAUUACCCAAGCUGUCUGGACACGACUUAGGGGCCAGGAAAGUCAUAAAGAUUUACUUUUCAACACCUCUUUAUUUGAACACCUGCAGCAGCACACUAAGCUAAUUUGUUGUAGGGCUACUUUGGACAUAACUUGGACAUGGCAUCAGUCUAAUGUCUCAAAGAACCAAUAACACUUUAAGAUAUGAGAUUAUUCAAUUAAAAAAAAUACUCACAGCAUGUGUGACCUAAGUGUCACAUGGUGAUCACCUGAAAUCAGUUCUGUCUGCUCACAUUUCCUUGGCCAGAUCCUUGGCCAUCGGGGCCAUCUCCUGACAGGUCAGGGUGACCCUCCGGCCAGCUGUACAUUCAUGAGCUACAGGAGCUGAUGAAUCAGCAAUUAUUAAGACCAUCUGCUUUGGCAAAGGCAUAGUCAUUUGACCAAUAAAGCACAUUUCAAUCACAGAGAAAGUUCAAAGCUCUUCAUGACAGUAAUGAAGUGUCUGUUGUAAGACAGAGACAGCUGUAGCACAGUACUAAAAAAAAUCUGAAUCAAAUCAGAAGCAUGGAGCAAGUAGGAGAUCACCUGUAAGAUGGAUCUUUGUUUGCAGAAAUAUAAAAACAGAAGUCUCACUCUGUUUUUGUUCAGUAACAGCCAGUGAAAGAUUUUUGAAGACUAAAGUUUUUUUACUGUGUUAACAUUGUUCAAGGAGGGUGGAUUCAUACAUCUCUGGGACCGCUCAAGUUAUAGAGAAAAGGCAGUGCUUCUGAAUCACCUUAUAAAAGUAGACAACUGGCUUAAGAUAGAAAGAAAAAGGAGUAACUAGAUCUACUUAGAUCUCAAGUGGGCUGAGUUUGUUUGGCUGUGUCUGGGAAGCCAAGACUAUCCCAGCGGUAUAUCCUGCUGAACAUGAAUGUGUUUCCCAGGCCCUGCUAUUCUCUGAAGUUAUAGAACAGUGACAUAGUGACAGGACAAAGCAAACAGAAAAAUGUCUCUGUAGAUGUGCAUAAAGUCUUUUUUUGAACAAUAUUUGCAGUUUGAUUUCUUGCAGAUUGUUUGUCCUUUGACAGCUGAAGAGAGACAGGAAAUAUUGUGUGUAGAAAGAGGCGUGUUGUGCAGUGAAGGGUUACGCUUUAAGUCAAGCGUUGGGACAGGGACUAGCUUCUGGUACAUGGGGCACACCCUAACCACUAGACUAGACCAAAGCGUUGCCCAAUUUCUCACUGAAUCUCUCUGCCAUAAUAAUGGGAGAGCAAAUGAACCGUGUCUAAUCCAUCUGAACCGACUCAUGGAGGAAUAACAGAGAUGGUCUUAAAAGCAUGAUCUGGAUGAGAAUAUCCUCUGAAAAUAUUAACAAUCUUCCUCAUACUUGAAGGGAUUUGUAAAUGCAUCUUUUCACUGUUGAGAAUGACCAUAGACUGUAUAUACUAUGGACAAUUUGGCUCCGCCUUCCGUCAUUAUAUGAAUUUGGAGCAGAAUUGCUCUUGGUAAUUCCGGGAUUUUCUCCACUUCCUGGAAUCAUCACUUGCGCAGUAGCGUUGUACGCAUUCGGCAAGAGAAUUGCUGUGAUGACUCUCGGCUAAAACAGUGUAUCCCCCUGGUGAGCUACGCAAUCUUUAUACGCCCAUAGGCUGUAUCAAGUGUCAAUCAUAGAAAACAUGAACCCCCUGAUAACUUUUACAAAUAGAGCCGCAAAGAAAAAAGAGGACUUGAGCACAAACCAGUCUUACAAUAACUACAUGUCAACAUCACAAGCAGGGGGGAGAAAAAUGUAUAUUCUGUGUAAUAAAUUUCUCCAUAGGGAUUGCUGGAGUAGAUGCAAUUUAUGACCUAUACUGCAGCCCGUCAACAGAGGGUGCUGUUCUCACGGUGGCUUCACCCAGCAAGGAGGCAAACGGCGUCUAUUCUAUAUACAGUCUAUAUACAAUCCUCCAACUUUGAUGGCGAACCCUUCUGCGACGGGGGACUAUGCAGCUUGGCAGGAUAAAAAAUUUACUGAUAUCAGCACAAGAAGGAAAUGAAACAUAAAUGUUAUAUUCAGCAAACCACCGGAUGUUGAUAAACGAGGACAUUCUUCAAUCUUCCUGUCUCCAGCCGAUCUCCAGUGGGUUGGAAUCCAAAAUGGUGAAAACAAGGGGAGUGUUGGUAUGUUCCUCCUGAUAAAAUUAAACAUUGAUACAAAGAAAUCGAGUUGACCAAUCAGAGUUUUGGUCGACUCAGCACGUCAACCAAUGAGUCCACCAGUCGACUAGAACUUUACAGCCCUACUCAGAACACAUCAUUUCUGGUACCAAUCUUGUUGUGCUGUUGGAUUCAACGAACCUACUUUGAGUUGACUUGUUAGUUUGCAGUCAGCUAACAAACAGCAGAUCAUCAAAUGCACAUUAGACCCUGAUUGACAUACAAGAAUGGCAUCUCUAACUUUUAUAUUUUCUGUCAAGAUCUAGUAAAUAGACACCUCAGCACAUGGAUUUGUCUGACUUUGUACUGACACCGUUUUCUAAGGUCCAUAAAGAUCAGGCCCUUGCUCGUUCAGUGUGAGUCUCAGUAAAACUGCUCUUCAGCAGGAAAGGCUAAGGAGGAGGGGGGAGGGGGCCCCCUGUUUUCCCAGUGGGACGUAAACACAGAGCUCCGUUUAUGGCCCGGACAGGAGGAACACACAUCAGCCUUUCUAUAUUUUGCAUUUCCCCAAGCUCUUAGUUCUGCACGGGCCAGGAGGAAUGUCUCAGAGUUAACCCAAAUGGCAGGACCACUCCUUCCUUUGAAUGAGCUUUCGGUGGGUUUGGUGAAUCUAUUCAGUGGAGCUGAAAGAGUUUUCAGUCAGAGCACCAUACAGGUUGUGCUAAUUGUAAAUGUCACUGCAUCCUUUCUUUUUAUUCACUUUUGAAAGACCUGUCUUCAUAUCCUCUUCUGUGGCAUUAAACAACAGCCUGGUCAUUUCCUCUGACCUCUGCAGUGUUUUUUUUCUGUUUAGCCUCAUAUCCAUCUGUCUGGCUGAAAAAUUCAGUUAAUCCUGUAAUAUUUUCAUCCAUCUCUUUGUGAAACACUUUGCAGUAGAUUAUGGAUCAGAGUUUAUUUCCAUUUAUUCAUUUUUAGUCAAAUUAACAAUCUGCCGAGCUUGUUACAACAUACGAUUUACUCUCUGAAACAGCCUCUUAUGUAGCAGGGACUGUGUUUUUUAACAUCUCACUAGCAUCUUGCCUGUUUUAUAAAAUGAUAACACAACUCAGAAGUUUUUGCAUUGCUUCCUAUAGCAGCAUAGAUGUAAUACGGGAAUAAUCUUUGUAUUAUUUAUACACUUGUUUAUUUGACAAGGACAAAAGCAUCAGGCAUUGCUUCUAAGUGUGUUUAAAGUUCAAUGUUGAUGCAACCACCUGAAAAACACACCCUCUUUAAUAAAAGGACCUACUUUAAACAUAGAGACUUAGCAUGAGUUUACACUGUGUAAAUGCACUAAAUACCUCUUAAAGGCCCUGGAGGACUUGUGGCUUUUGUGAACAAGAACUCCUCCUGCAUCCAAAACAACGGUUCCUUCCUGGAUAUUAAUAAUAUGAUCUUUCAAUCUCCUCAGUACACGACUUUAGGCCCAAGUAAAGCAAAGAGGAGAAAAUGUUUUUCUUAAGUCUGAGUGAGUCUGUGAAACAGAGAAGAGGUCACCUUCCAAACACAGGCUUUUGAGACAACCCCUUGAGUUCACAGCACUUUUAAGGCAUGUGUCCCUAUCAAGCCAGCUUUGCAUUUUAGUCCUACAUAUACAGGUGAUGCAUAACUGUGCCUCAGUGUCUGGUUGUAGAAAGCAUGCCAAGAGCCUUCAUUUGUAACAAUAGUGUUGGUAUCUAGUACACACCCUGUACUGUGUGCCUGUGUCACAGAAACUAUAGCGGAUAUUUCUGUAUCAGUAUAAUACAGAGUUACCAAAAGGGUAGUACCAUAGACUCAGUGGCGAUUACUCUAAGACUGCAAGGGAAGCUCAGCUUCCCCUAAAAUGUAAAAAAAAAAAAAAGUGGUGAAAUAUGUACGGCUGAGUGUAAAUUUCAUUGACUAAAUAUGCGCUAGAACGCGUUCAUCUUUUGUUCAGAAUCAGCUGCUUAUCACAGGUAACUGACACGACUUCCUUCUCAUUCACCUCGGCAGUGCCACAGUGCUUUACACAGUUGGACGCUGAGCAUCGAACGACUUCAACGGGGAAGCGUAGAGUGGGUGUAGAGUGUGCGAAACUGGAUGCUCAGCAUCUCUCUGGAUCUAUGAGGCAGUGGGCUGGCCCAGACGCUCGGCUGCUGCGUGAUGAUUGGAUGAUCCGUCUGAGGCGGAAUCCUUCUUUGAUUGACAGCGAAAUCCAAGUUUCUCAUUCCGUUGUUCUGAACUGAUCCGGAGACUUUACCGAUCCCCAGCAACUUUGUCUAUGUUAAAAACGACUAGCCUUGUGUUUGGCAACUCACGACAGGGUCAGAGAUCAUUUCCUUGAAAAGGAACAGAGGGCAGAAUUUACAUAUAAAUAAACAAACAUAUUUUUUGUUUUUGUUGAUGUCUUGACUAUUGAGUGCCACAGCUCCUUUGAAGUGCGUGAUGAGAAUUUUAGAAUUUAGCAGUCAGAUUGUAGUUUUAAAUGUUUCCUUAUUCACCCCUCCUGUCAGUAAAACAUUGGUAGAACAUUUAUUACAAGAACCUCUGUAAUGUUUGAAAAUUGGUCCGUUUUUUACCAUCAAAAAUGUUGAUCAAUACAAAUUUUUUGGUGUACAACAGCCUCUCUCUUCUUUGCUCACGAAAUACAAAAAUCUGAGUAUUACGAGUUUGUCUGUUGUGUGCCCCUGUAGAAACAUGGCAGCCUCUAUGAAGAGGAACCUGCUGCUAUGUGACUGAAAAAGGCUAAUUUUAAGUUACCCAAAACAUUUUUUCUAUUAAAGUGAUCACACUCACAUUUCAGUUACUGAUGAUUGUUAUAUCCCAUUUCUGCCAAGUCUUUUCUGCCAAAUGUCUCUUAGUUCUUUACACGUCAGCAUCAGCAAAGAAAAUAAGGAGUAGUUCUGUUAAUCUGACAGUCUGAUGUUUAUCAUCAUAGAUAGGGCUUAAUACUUCAAGGUUAAUCUGGCCAUUCCAAGAAAAGUCUACUCUAGAGAUAAAAUGCUGGCAAUAACAAACCAAUAAAACUCAGAUUUUCUUCUAAUGCAACAAUUUUUAUUCCCAAUGUUACUAUUUUUCACUGUUUUAUUGUUGGACCACAAACUGUUUAGCCUUUCCCCUUAUUCUUUCCUUGUUCAAGCUCCAACUCGAGUUAUUUUCUUUUUUUUCUUUUUAUUCUUUUUAAUUUUUUCAAAGUUAGAUGAGACUUUUUAAUUUUGCACGUCUUCUCACUCAGAUGUCCUGACACGUGUUUUGUUUCUCCUCAGCCUCAGAGCCGCUCAGUGAGCGGGGGAGCGGGCAGAAGUCGAGGAGGAGUCCUCUGCAGACACUUUAUGAUGGUGACCAGGUCAGUGCUGUCUAACAUCAAUGCAAACAAUAAUUUACCAUAGUCUGUCAUAUCCCUCAUUUAGGCCUGGACUCUGUCCCUCCUUUUUAAGGCCUGAACUUUUUUAAACAGUUAAAACCUCAUCGAUUAAUUUUUAUUUUUCCUACUCAUGCAUCUCUUGGCAAAAUAUGUGUAUAUUUUAGAAUGUAAACUUCUCCAAACUCUUUGGAAAAAGUGAUAAUAAAUAGCUGAGUUUCCCCGCCGUCCCCUGCAGGGAAACCUGAUAUUUAUGGCCCAUGUGGGGAAAGUUCCAGACAAUUACUGGCGGGUCAUGAUAUCCACAGACGAACUUGGCCACAUGUUGUAAGCUUGGCAAACCCAGUUAAGGAUGUUAAAGUGAUUUUCUUGCAUUGUUCAAACUUUGACCUUUCACUCUGAUACAGCACUUAUGCAGGGAGAAAAAAACACAUUCAGUCUGAACACUGAAAUGCUUUAGCCUACAGACAGAAACCUUCUUGCAGGAGGUAAACCUGUGGGGGUUAGAAUCCAUAAUCAAACUUGAGCAGCACCAGUCCCAGUCAUGUAUGUACAGAAGAGGAUUAGGGCCACUGAAAAAAAAAAAAGUUCAAAUAUAAUUUCCUUUCAUUAUUAUUCUGAGAAAAAAAGUCAGAAUUCUGUCUUUAAACUCAGAAUUCUGACUUUUUUCUCAGAACUCUGACUUUAUCUUUAAAGUCUGACUUCAAAGUCAGAAUUAUGACUCUAAUCUCAGAAUUAUGACUCUGAAGUUUUCUGACUUUAAAGCCAGAAUUCUUACUUUUUUCUCAGAACUCUGACUUUAUCUUUAAAGUCUGACUUCAAUGACUUCAAAGUCAGAACUAGAAAAGCACUCGGAGAGCACAGACCUCCGCCAAGCAGCUCAUGUCCCCCCUUAUAUUGUGAUUCAUACCAAAAGUUUAACUGUUACGUGUCUUUUAUUAACGUUUAUUUGUGUUUAAACUGGUAUGUUCACUGUUCAUAAUGUUCCUAAAACAAGAAAUGCCCUGACCAGGAUUGGAACCCAGGACCUUCUGGCUGUGAGGUGACAGUGCUAACCACUACACCACUGUGCUGCCUAUCUACACCACUGUGCCGCCCAUUGGUUAUCUUUUAGCAUUGAAAAUUCCAACGACACCCUUAUUUUUGUGUGUUCUGGAUCACAGUAUCCAGAAUUUUGCCAACAUGGCCGACUGGCUGAAUGUUUACGUGUUGGAGAACAGAGUGCUUUUUGAUAAAAAAACACAAACGUUACAAAGAUAACAACCUGAAGGACAACUUGUGGAGAGUCGUGGCGUCGGAUCUCUCAUAUGACGAUAGUUUGUGUGCUUUAACAGUUUGCUAAACGUCUGUGUUUUAACUUUCACCUGUGCCAAGUAACUUUAGCUCGUAAGCUAACCUGUUCAGAUACAACAUACCGUAUGUAUUUUCACUGUCUCUAACUCAAUCACGUUACUGUCACAGCACCAUUAGGUCUCGGUUGUUACCUUACGUUUAUGGAUUAUAGUUUAAUGUGCUUAUCUAGUACUGGCCCCGACUCAGCACAUGCUAUCAUGAAAAACAGUCAGUCUGCUGUGACACAACAGCAGACUGACUGUUUUUCAGUUGCGUCUUUUUCCCCCCAGAAAGUCAAAAUUCACCUCCAAAUAUUUCGUGAUUUCCCGUUCUAUAUUUGCGUCGGCCCCGGUGUGUAAGGACCUUUAGAAUAAUUAUUUUUGACCUUUUUGAAUUUCUAUAGUUUUUUUUUUCCAGUGGCCCUACCCUCUUCUGUAUGUAUGAGAGGUUAAAUUUUGAAGUAAAAGAUGUUAUUUCUAUCUCUCUUUUUUUAUGAAUCACCACACAUACCUUCAUGGAGCACAAUGAUCAGGGUACGAUAGGAUGACGUCUUCAUUAGGCUUUGCUGUAUGUGGUCUUUUGAAAUGCAAGGAAGCUUUCAUACGCUGUACAAGUGGGUGAACUUUGAACCAUUGUGAGCUAACAAGGCCGUUGGCUGUGUAAGUACAGUCUCACAAUGUUCUCCAGUUUAUUAAUUAUAGGAAAUACUCAGCCCAGCGUAUGAAGCUGUGUUGGAAAAAGUUGAUCCCUACAAGACCCCUUUAAUUGAAGUCCGCAUCUCUUUGUUUUCGUCAGUAAGUGGCUGAAUCACAAAUCACCCCGAAUCCUCGUGAUGUUUUUAUAGUGGUGACAUUUUUCAUGUCAGAUACAGAUGCUUUGAUGUUGUUAUUUCCAGUGAACAAAAGGUCAGCCAUCUUUUUUGAAUUAUACUAGUGGCAGUUGAGGAUUUAUGAGUUUGAACUGGUAGAAAAUUAGAGCUGGGUAUCCUUAGCCAACCUGAUACUCACUUUAUUGAUUACAUAGGUAGUAAGUAGCAUUGCAAAAAAUCUGUAACAGGAGCGGUUGUUGGUCCACUGUAAGCUCAUGUGGAAAGAUUAAUGAUCAGACUUGACCCAUAUUUAAUUGAAGAUGGCUCCACUAGUAAUAGACAUGUAUGAAUCCCACUAAAAGUUGAACCAUGCUGAUUAAUUUCCGUUCCUGAAAGUCAUUGAUUCUUUCUAUGAAUCCACACAUGUUUUCAGGUAUCCAUCACUGUCAGUUUUUGAGCAGCACAUGGAGACACAGCUCCAGAAAACCUCCUCUGUAGCAGCUGUUUCCAUUUAAAUCUCCCUGUGAGCAAGAGGAAGGUGAACAUGCCAGAAAACAAAGCAGCUCCGGCAGACAUCUUUUAUUUUUUGUUAUUCUUUUUUUCCUUUUUAUUCAAACACUUCCCUCACUCGUGGCAUCUGGUAAGCUUUCGGAAUGAAGAACAGUAGUAAUUUGAUUGACUCCAAAUGUAUUUAUUUAUUUACACACGACACCAGUAUGAGCCUGCUGAGUUUGAUUUAUUAAAGGAAAUGAGGUGAAAGUCUGGCACAAGGACACAGACCUGCAGACCAGUUUCGUAAAGUAUUGACUCUGUCCACUAUAGUGAAGAGUUUUCAGAACGAUGAACUUUGGUUAUCUAAAGUCUGUGCAAACAGCAGAAUUUGGGGGCAAAGGGGGGCGAUAUCUUCAGCCUGUGGACGCCUCAAUCUUUCCUCAUGCUGAUUAUCAAGAGCAGAGAAUCAUGUGAUUUUUAUGAGAAGCUUCUCUACCUGUGGCUAAAUGCUGCUACUGUGUCUUUGGAGCUUUGCCACAUGACUGAGGUCGAGGCUGCUGGCAGGUUUUUCACAUCUUGAGACGUACAAUAAAACUUUGUGUUAAAAUAAUACUGUUUUUUCUUCCUGGAAGAAGCUGUGCUUCAGGAGCAUUUCAGAUAGCUGCUCUGAUGUCUGUUUCCAACACUUCGAAAUACUUCCAUACAGCAGACUCAUUCAAGCUUGCUGUUAAAGACACGCUCUGACAAAAAUCAUGUUUUUCUUGGGGGUUUUUUAUGUGUUCAUAUGACAUUUUUUUAUGCUACGGGACGUAUUAUGAGAAAACUAAGUGUAAAAUUGCAUUUCUGAGUAUUUCUCUAUUCAGAUCGCUGUGAAUCUCCGGAAGACCCAAACGGCAGGUUCAGACACAAUGAAAUUUCCUACAUAGCAAAUCCAAGCUCCGCCCCCCCAGCCCCGUAAUGCAGGCCACACUCGGAGAAGCAGAGAGGACAAUGGCAGAACAAGCGUGUGCAUUAGCUGAUUGCAAUACUUGUAAGAAAGCUAAUUAUGAUAUUAGCUUUCAUCAUGCCCUUAAAGACAUUAAUGUCUGAGAGCUGAAUAGCUCCUAUGUUACCUGCUUCUUCUACUACACAGACAAUGUUAGGCUGUAAGCUAACGUGAAGAGAAGUGUGCAGAGCAGCACUGUCUCCGCCCACGACUCAGAGGAGAAUUACUAAUGAGCUACUGGAGCUCUGCAGAAGAAAAGCCCUUGAAAAUGAUGCAGGUGACAUGAUUUUAGCUAAAAACUUCAGAAUCACAAUUUAAAGACAACUGAGCAGACUUUAAGUAGUAAAAAAAAAAAAAAACAACCGGAGUGGGACUUUAAAGCAUAAUGAAUGUGUCUCCUUAUCAGCCCCCUUAUACGUGUCAGUGGAAAUGUUCAUAUCUGCUGAUACUGGUAAUGAGCUUUUAAGCUGCUACCUGCUGACACCAAUACCACACUAAUGAUGUCUCACAUUUGUCCUUAAAAGUGCUGGUAAAAUAAACAGCUCCUUUAUCACACUUUGUUUUGCAUUCAUUCUAUGAUAUGAGGUAUUAUAACUUGUUGAAUUAAAACAUUAUUUCACCUUUGUGUGGUCUCAAAUUUGAUUUUAAAACAGAAAUAUAAAUACCUUUAGACUUUAGAGUCAGGCGGGACAUACAGAUUUGGUUAACUUGUUAAAUUUGGCUUUAAUGUAAGUGCAGUUUUCAGUACACUUAUUGUGCAUAUAGAGCCAAAGUACUCAGGUAAACCCUCUGAUUGGCAUGUUUAUCUUGUGGUGCAUCUUUGGUGCUAUUUUAAUAUCCUUUUGGCACGGCAGAAAAUCAUGGAAGUGGUUCAUAUUGAGACUUAAAAGUCUUAGGUGGAAAGAUAUACAGCGUCUCCACACAGUCCAUAAAACUCCUGCAGAGAGAAGGGUCAGUGUUGGCUUAACAGUUUUACCAAAAUGCUGUUACCUUGAUGUUGCAAUGUCUGCCAGUAAACACAGAGAGCCACACAUCGUGUCAGGCCUUGAGUCAAAGAGAGCAACUCAAGGCUCUGACCACUGCAGUGGAGAGCCAGGCCGAGCAAAUGAAAGAAGCAAAUAAGACAUCUGUGCCACGAGAAGGCCAAGCUAAACUUGCUGACCCAUGAUUUCAUUAGGGAAGGGAUGGGCCGUCAUUGAGACCUCCAGAGAAGAAAUUUUAUAAACAAGAUCAGUUUAAACCGUCUGCUCACUCCUUCUUCUCUUUCUCUCUCUGCAGGUGGAGACAGCGGUGCAAGCAAUCCAUCAGGGUCGACGGGAGGUGCUGGAAGAAGCCUGCCGCUCCUACACCCGCAAACGUAGAGUUCUUAUCCCCGAGGACCUGAAGCAUGUCAUUGUUGACGACCAGCAUGGAUUACUGUACUGCUACGUCCCCAAAGUGGCCUGCACCAACUGGAAGAGGGUACUCAUGGUUCUGACAGGUGUAGCCGGGUCCCACCAAGACCCACUAGAAAUCCCUGCCAAUGAGGCCCAUGUUGCAGGAAACCUGCGCACUCUGUCAGAGUACUCCACCUCUCAGAUCAAUCUGCGCCUGCGCUCCUACCUUAAGUUUGUCUUUGUACGUGAGCCUUUUGAGCGGCUGGUGUCCGCCUACCGUAACAAAUUCACACGGAGCUACAACACAGCUUUCCAUAAACGAUACGGCACAAAGAUAGUGCAGCGGCAUCGACAAAACCCACAGGCCGAGGCUCUUGAAAGAGGAAACGACGUCUCCUUUGAGGAAUUUGUGUAUUACCUCGUUGACCCGGCCACCCAGAGAGAAGAACCCUUCAACGAGCACUGGGAGCGGGUGCACUCGCUGUGCCACCCCUGCCUUAUCCACUACGAUGUAGUGGGGAAGUACGAGACGCUGGAGCAGGACUCCCGCUAUGUGCUUCAGCUGGCUGGGGUGAACAACCAGGUCAGCUUCCCAACCUCAUCCAAAAGCACAAGGACUACAGGAGACAUGGCGGCGCAGUUCUUUGGCAACAUCAGCCCUUUCUACCAGAAAAAGCUGUAUAACCUUUACCGCAUGGACUUCCUGCUCUUCAACUACUCUGUUCCAGACUACCUCAAGUUCAGAUGAGGCUGGGACCACACUCGUACCUUUAGAGCCAGAACUCUGUUUUUGAGCUGCUCUCUGUCGGCCUUAAUGGACCACUAAAGAACCUUGAAGUAACUUUAUACAGCCGGUGAGAUCAGGACACAGAGGAGCUACAGCUAACAUUACACUGUUAACACUCAUAACUGAGUCCAAUUGGAUCGCUGCCUUUGAAUGAAUUCUGGUGAACUUUUGGUUUAUCUCUGGUUUUCUGCUGUUUAAUGCUCAUCAUAAUGUAACUGCACAUUUACAGGUGAAUUGAAGUUUGACCGUUUUCAGUGAAUGCCUAUAAAUGGACGUGCCUUUAAUUGACCCUUUUUUUUUUUUUUUUACCUUCACAGACAAUGACAACUUUUGAAACUGUGACUGUUGACGUUUUGUGCCGCAGGAAAAGAUUGAUGUGCAACUACGAUUUAUAGCUGUGUAUUAAUUUAUUGUGUUAGUUCUUACUCCUCAAAGUCAGAGAAAACAACACGUCUUUAUAGUUUCUAUGACAGCUUUCAAAUAAAUCUAUUACAGCAACAUUUUUGAAUAUUGGUGUGAACACUGGAGUUGUUACCAAGUCUUGACCUCCACAUUUAUGAUAUUUGGUACACUACGUAACAGACAUCCUGCAGAACCCAGUGACUACAACUUAGAUAUCAGUCUUUAUUUCAGUGGCUGCAAAGAUAUCAUCUAGAAGUUUCUGUAAAUGUGAAAGCUCCACAAAGUCCACUCAAGCCAUUAGUCUUUGUGAGAUUAGUACCAUCUUAAGGUGCUGUUUAUAGAUGAGCAAAGACACGUCUCUAUCUGAAAGUGCAUAUCAAACAGAAAGAGCCUCAUAUAGAGAGACUCAUUAUAAACCAUCUGAUCACAAAAAUAGCACAAAGUUAUAUCUGCAUCUGCCAAACGUUUAACACAUACUAACGUGGGGACAUACAGACACUUGGGUACGAGAGGAGUUUGAAAUUAGUGGCACAGGAACAAAACACUCUGUAGAAAUUUGGCAACAUUAGCAUCAGAGUCCAAGGAAACACAUCAGACAUCUGAAGACGCUUCACAAUCAAAGUCACAAAUCAAUUCAAUCUAACAUUCAACUGCAAUCUGCAGCAGAGGAGUUAUAUUUGUCAACAUUUACACUAAAACUUACAUGGAUAUCAAUGAUAUUAUUGUCUUAAUACAAUCAUUUGCCAUCUAAUAUUUAACUGGGUGUACAGGUGUGUCAACAGUUAGCAUACAGAGGUUAUACAGUAUUACAGGCAGAGUUGGCAUUUAGAUCAUUCAAACUGCAGUGUACGACUACUGACAACAGUGAUCUAAAAAAUACAGACUAAGGUGCAAAAAUAAGUCUCUCCUCUCCUUAAAGGGAGUGUAAAUUUCUGGUGUAAAUUUCUGUUAUUGUCAAACACCGAGUUAGACACCCCCUCAGGAGAUGAAUGUUGCCGACCGCUUGCUUCUUUAGUUAUACCAACUUCAGCAACGACCGCACAAUAGCAAUACACAGUGGUCUACGUCUCCACGUGUAAACCUCAACCAAAAUGCCACUUUAUAGCCACAAAUAAUGCUCAGAACAGCACCUAACUUCAUUAACAGUUCAUACAGGGUCCCAGCCAUAGUACUAGCCAUCAAUCAGCUUUGCCUGGUUUCUUUGGCAAAGAGACUAAACACAACUCACCCACUUUCCUCCAGCAGCCGCUUGUUUGUAGGGGGAACCCUGACGAGUCGAUCACAGAGUGCAGCAGAUCAUUUCCAUGAAGUAAUAAUCAUCAUAACAAUCACUUUGCACUGCAGACGCGGUAGUUCUUCUGCCUUAGCGUCUCGGUCUGAUUGCAUUUCCAUGAAGCAAUAAUCAUAAAUGUUCUUCCUUGAGCUGCGAAACUCCGCUGCACUCAGGGAUCAUCUCGUCAGGGCUCCCCCACAAACAAGCAGCUGCUGGAGGAGAGUGGGUGAGUUGUGUUUGGUCUGUUUGCUAAAGAAACUGUUCUGAGCAUUAUUUGUGGCUAUAGAGUAGCUUUUUGGUUGAGGUUUGUACAUGGAGACGUAGACCGCUGUGUUUUGCUCUCGUGUGAUCGUUGCUGAAGUUGGUAUAACUAAAGAAGCAAGCAGUCGGCAACAUUCAUCUCUUGAGGGGGUGUCUAACUCGGUGUUGCAGUGUGUUUGACCAUAACUUAAAUUUACACCUGAAUAUCCCUUUAAAUGAAUCACAGUUGACUCAAUCUAUUCUGCAGUCCCUUAUUCAUGCUGAUAUAUUGGUACGUCAACUUUCAACUGAGAAACAAUCCUCUGAAGCACGAGUUAUAUUGUAUGAAGAAAUUUCCGAUUGCACAACAAACGAUUAAAUUUUUUAAACAAAUUGUAUUUGUGCUCUAGUGCUGAUGUGUCCUAUUGCUCUCUUAGAUGAAUAAAAGUACAAAAUCAUAGCCUCAGUCGUUCAGUUAUCCCUGUCUGCUGUGUGAGCCUGCUUGGAGACGCACUGGGAGUACAGGACACAUAAAGAAGUAAAUGACAAUAAAAUUAAACAAUCAUUGUCUUUAUUGUCCUAUCCC